AUGAGCUCUCCCGGUGUUGGGUUGGAGGGUUCAAAUUACCAAAACCAGCCGAAAAUCGAAUGCAAAAUUUUGAAGGUUGACAGCCACGUACUCGAACGUAUCAUUUUCUACCUAAAAUCGCCAGGUAUCCACAAGGGUCGUACUAUACAUCUAAAUGGCCAAUCUGGAAGACACGAGACAUACGAAUCAGACCCACAAGACUUAUAUCAUACCCUUCUUACCUGUAAGGCAAUAUUCAAACCAUACGAAAAUAUCCUGCAAAAACAGAAGCUUCUUGAACUGUUCUACCUUCAGAUUGCCAAACCCCCACAUCAUGAGUCGCGGUUAAUUGAGAUGGAGGUCCCAGAAAAAUUCCGAAAGUUUGUUGCUAAGGAGGAAAUGCAACAUCAUGCCGGUUCAGUGUUGCAGGACUCUGUUGGGAUUGAAUUUAUUUCCCAGUCGAUGGGAUCAUUGAGUCUUGGACAAUCAUACAAAGUCGAAAACAGCACCAGUGAUGAUCUGGUUGAUCUCUUGAGUCAAAAUUGCGUCAAGCGGGCCGAAACUUUUGGAUUCAAGAAUGAAAAAGACCAGUCUGAAGUGGAUAUAUUGAGGGACCUAAAGAAUCAGUUUCUCGGAAUAAUCAACUUCUAUCAAUACGAUACGACACAGGAUUAUUUUGUGAACGGUGGAAAAGCAGGAGGGCACCGGCCAAAGGAAUUUUGGGCAAUGAUCUGCCAUUGCAAGAAGGAUAGGUUUUUGGUCCUACAUAGUGUCGGUGGGAAAGUUUGGGAUCGCAAUUUUGCCUGUCCAAGAGUCGCUGAAGUCACUAGCAAAUAUGCUCACGCGAGAAAUACCUACGAAGCCGCAUUGACCACAGGACACUAG